AUGCCAGUCAUUCCCAUUGAUGACGAUGAUGAGGAUGGGAGUUGGUCUUUUAACGAUGAAGAUGACCCUGAACUCGAAGCACUCAUACAAACAAAUGCUACAUCUUCCAGGAAUCACCUCCCUCAAAGAACCCUUGAAGGAUCAAUAGUCCCUCAAGAACUCAUUACCAAGGACCAAUAUGAAGAAAUACCACUACCUACACGUGUAAAUGUACCAACCCAUCAUCAAAUGGAUUUCCAGAAAUUGCAUACAUAUAUAUAUCCCACAAAUUUCGAAGUUCGUGAUUAUCAAUUCAAUAUAGUUCAACGAGCAUUCUAUGAUAAUUUAUUAGUUGCGUUACCUACAGGGUUAGGUAAGACAUUUAUAGCGUCUACGGUUAUGCUAAAUUUCCUACGAUGGUUCCCGCAAUCGAAAUUCAUAUUUGUGGCUCCAACACGUCCCCUUGUGGCACAACAGAUUAAAGCAUGUUGUUCAAUUGCUGGGAUACCUAGUUCAAAAGUUGCCAUUUUGUUAGACAAGACCCGGAAGAAUCGUGCUGAUAUUUGGGAUUCGAAACAGGUAUUUUUCACUACACCUCAAGUGGUUGAGAACGACUUGGCCUCAGGAUUGGUGAAUCCCAAGUCAAUAGCAUUGUUGGUAAUUGAUGAAGCCCAUAGAGCCAGAGGGAACUAUUCAUAUAAUAAUGUUGUCAAAUUUCUUAAGAGAUUUAAUGAUUCUUUUAGAAUAUUGGCCUUAACUGCCACUCCAGCUGCUGAUGUGGAUGGCGUUCAGGAUAUUAUUGACAAUUUGGAUAUUUCCAAGGUCGAAGUCAGAACUGAACAAAGCAUAGAUAUCAUAAAAUACAUGAAACGUAAACGGAUUGAAAGACGAAUAAUACCGCCGUCAAGUGAUAUUGAGGAGUGUGUCACAUUAUUAUCUGAAGCAAUAGCACCUGUUCUAACUAGUGUAAAUGAACGCGGACUUUUAAGUAUAACAGAUCCAAAGAGAAUUAACCAUUUUCAAUGUAUGGAAGCUGGAAGAAGGUUGGCUGCAAAUAGAGGGAUGCCUGCCGGUUUAAAAUGGGCGAAUUACUAUAUGUUGCAGUUAUUAGGUAUGGUGGGUCAAUGUUAUAAACGAUUAAAUAUAUAUGGUAUCAAAUCAUUUUUCAAUUAUUUCAAUGAGAAGUAUACCGAAUUCAAAUCGAAGUGGGAUAAGAAGAAGUCAAAGAAUAAACUCAAUGCCGAUUUUUUUUUCAGUGAGCAGAUUGAAGAGUUACUAAAACGACUGGAAGAGAUGGUAAAAGGUUCUGGAUAUAGUCAUCCCAAGAUUGAGGCGCUUAUGGAUGAAUUGGAAGUCUUCUUUGCCGAGAACAGCAGUUCUGAUUCCAGAGUGAUUAUUUUUACAGAAUAUAGAGAGUCCGCCUUGGAAAUUGUACAGUCAAUUGAAAAAGCUGGUGAUAAUAGAAAACCCCAUAUUUUCAUUGGUCAAGCCCCGGAAAAGGAAAGAUUCGACGAAACUGCUGAAAAGCCUGCAAAAGGAAAGGGAAAGGCAAAAGGUGCAAAGACCACGAAGCUGAAGAAAAAGAAAAAUGGAGGCGGCAUCGACGAUAAUGACGAAUCGGCCAAGUCCUCUACCAGAACCAGUUCAGAAGAUGCUCAGAUAAAAGGUAUGAAUCAAAAAUUACAAAAAGAAAUUAUCAAGAAAUUCAAAGAAGGAACGUAUAAUAUCCUUGUGGCUACAUCUAUCGGAGAAGAAGGGUUGGAUAUUGGAGAAGUUGAUUUAAUCGUAUGUUAUGAUUCCACGUCUUCCCCUAUCAAGAAUAUCCAACGUAUGGGUAGAACAGGUCGUAAGCGUGAUGGGAAAGUUGUUUUAUUAUUCUCUGGUAAUGAGGAAUCAAAAUUUGAUAAGGCAAUGGGAGGAUAUGAAUAUAUUCAACAACAUAUAAUGAAGGGAGAUUUAAUCACAUUACGACCUCAGAACCGUAUUAUCCCAAAAGAAUAUACCCCGGAGGUUGUGAAGGAAUUCAUUGAAAUUCCGCCUGAAAAUCUUGAAUUGAAAGCUGAAGAUGAUGAAGAUGAGAUUAUUAGGAUUGCUACUCAGUAUAUGCUCGGUGGUAAAACAGACAAGAAAAGUAAACAGAAGAAGCCAACCAAGCAGAAGACCUUUUUUAUGCCAGAUAACGUCGAAACAGGUUUUCGCAGUGUUACUAGUAUGAUACGAAAAGUAGGGGAUGAUAAAUCUCUAGAAGAACGAAACAAGGAAAAACAAACUAACCAGUCAGGAACAAAUAAGAAUCGAUUGGGCCUUCUGCUGGAUGAUUCUGAAAGUGAUAGUGAUUUAUUCAUGAGUGAUAUCAUAAAACAAAUGGAUGCAAAACGUGGUUCAUCACCGAAUACUCUGACUAUUGUUGAGAAAAAUGCUUCCAAUUCCAUAACUACUGUAAUCAGAGAGAAUUCUACUAGUAAUAUCUUGGCUGGGUAUAUUCCAGGUGGAAAUGCGAUCGGUAUCACGAAGAAAACAUUAGGUGUCAAGCGGCAAUAUGUUGCUCCUCCUCCGAUCAUUGUCAAGGAAACUCGAGAUAUUGAUCCUAUUAUCAUCAAUGAGAACAUUAAGGAACCUGCAAAGACUGUGGCUAUUCCGAUCCAAGGCCAUAUUGCUAAAGACGAUACGAUGUCUCCUAUAGAUCUUGAUGAUGAUGAUGAUUUUGAAUUUUCUGAUGACGAUUUAGAAGAGUAUUUGAAAGUAACUGGACCGAAGGUGGUUCUGGACUCUCCAACAAAACAAUCAAAAGUUAGUGAUAGAGUGUACCAAUUUGACUUUGCUCAAGAUAGUGGGUUAUUGAAUGAAGAAGAAACGAUGGACCUUCAUAUGAAUUAUUAUAUGCCAUUAGAUCCUGAUCUUAGAGUAGAUUUUUACAACCCAAGUGAUGCCCUACAUAGAAAUGAAAACACUGGGAUGUUCAGUAUUGUGAAUGGUGGAUUAUCGCAUAGUAGGAAAACCCAUAACUUGAUUAAUGCUUUAAAUACAAAACCAAUUGACAGAGAUCAACUUAAGACUAAUGACGACAUGAUGGCGGAUAUAGAUUUCUCAUUUGUAGUAGAAGAUUAA